UUCCUGCACGUCUGGUGUGGGCAGCAGUAGGCAAAAGUGUGGAUUUACCUUGCGAUCUUACACCACCUUCACCGCAGGAUUCUGUAAAACUACUGUUAUGGUUCAAAGAUACAACAGGAAUUCCACUCUACAGUUUGGAUUCACGUGGAGGAAAUGUCAAAUUAGCGCCACAUUCUGCUAUAGCUAGCGAUUUGGGUCAACGUUUGUUCUUUUCGAUUGGCGAUAAUCCCAAGGAUUCACGUCUACAAAUACGAGAUGUCAAGCCAACCGAUGGUGGUGUUUAUCGUUGUAGAGUAGAUUUUUUUAAUUUUCCAACUCGUAAUUAUAGGAUAAAUUUAACUUUAGUCGUUCCUCCCGAAGAGCCUCGUAUAUUUGAUGCUCAAGGCAAAGAAAUUAACCAGACACAGACUGCCGGCCCAUUUCGUGAAGGCUAUGAACUGUUUUUAUGCUGUCAAGUUAAAGGCGGACGACCACCACCAAAAGUUACCUGGUGGAUGGGUGAUACUGAAUUAAUUGGCACAAGUCAUACAUCGGUGGAGGAGGGUACCACGGUUAUAGUUAAUCAACUGUUAAUAGGUACAACAACGCGUGAUUAUAAUGGGGCCAAGAUACAGUGUCGUGCCCAAGGCACAAAACUGAUAGAGCCCGUUAUAAAGGAAGUGCCGGUGCAAGUACAAUUAAAACCUGUUCGAGUGAAAAUUAUAACACCAAAUGACCUGCUUACAGCCGGUCAUCCCGUGCCUUUACGCUGUGAAUCUUGGGGUUCUUAUCCAGCGGCCAAAAUAACUUGGCUUUUAGAUGGUGAACCCAUACGUAAUGCCGAAGUUACUGUACACAGUGAUCGUGAGGACUCAAAUAUCACAACCAGCACUUUAACAUUAAAGGUAACUUCGGAGAAUGAUAAUGCUGAGCUCACAUGUCGUGCAUCUAAUCCAUGGUUUUCUGGUGGCGCCAUUGAAGAUAAACGUAUCAUACGUGUAGCAUAUCCCCCCACUGUGUCAGUGCAUUUGGCCAAUGAAGAUCCCAGCCGCAUUGUUACUAGAGCCGAAGGUCAAAAUGUUACAUUCAAAUGUCGUGCCGAUGCCAGGCCACCCGUCACCUCUUAUUCCUGGUUUAAGAAUGGUAUGCGUAUGUCUGGCGAGAGUUCAGAAAUAAUGCAUUUAACUCAAUUGGAGCGAGAAAGUGCCGGGGCUUAUGCUUGUGGUGCAACAAAUACUGAAGGGGAGACUAGAAGUUCGAGUAUAACGUUAAGAGUACAAUAUUCACCACGUUGCAAACCGGGCACUGAACAAACAUCUAUUGGCGCUAUAAAUAUGCACUCAAUACCGGUUAAAUGUGAAGUUGAUGCCGAUCCACCGGAUUCUGUAAAAUUUAGUUGGACAUACAAUAAUACAAGAAAUGUGUCACCAGUACUCAAUUCGAGAAUACAAUCGAAUGGUUUAACUAGUACUGUCACCUACCUGCCUCAAACUGAUUCGGAAUUAAUAACAUUGGCCUGUUGGGCCAGCAAUGCAGUGGGUCGUCAAACUACACCCUGUUUAGUGCAUAUCCUGCCAGCAAAUCCUCCAGAGGCUCCCAGGUCUUGUGAAAUACGCAACGAUACUGUUUUAGAAGUGGUAUGUGUUGCGGGUAAUGAUGGUGGUCUGUCUCAGUACUUUAUUUUGGAAGUUGUGGGUGGAGAUCCCUUAUAUUCUAGUGAUUCGACAAGAACUUUUAGUGAUGCCAGUAUAGGUGAUAAUGAAAUUUCAACAAUGAAUGAUCAGGCUACCUCAGCACCAAUAUUUCGUAUUCAAGAACCAAAUCCACAAUUUCGUUUAAACAAUUUGGAGCCGGGACGAGAAUAUCAAUUUGUGGUAUAUGCUGUCAAUGCAAAAGGUCGCAGUGAUCCACCAGUGGUUAUAGAACGUGUGCGUGUGGCUGCCCAAUUGGGGCCAUAUGAUGAAUCCAUAUUGUCCGAAGAUCCUACGCCUGCUGAAACUACACAUCAUGUGAGUAGUAAUGUUGGUGUGGCUGCCAGUGGUACGGGUGCUAGUAUUGGUGGUGGUCCUGAAAAGCAAUCAACAUUACUGCUUUUAGCUGCUGUCGUGGCUAUUGGGGCUGUUGUAAUAACAUCAAUUAUUGUGGCCGGUAUAGUGGUUGUAUGCAAACAUCGACCUCGGCCACCUGAGCCGCAGGAUGUGCGAAAAAGUAUGAGACCCGCCCGCAAUGACGUUCCAUCUAUGUACAUCGAAGAAGACGAACUUAAUGACGAAGAAGCAGCUAUGGGUGGAACUCGAGCCGCGGAAAUAAGAGCAAGAGUGGCACCUCAUAGUAUGGGUCCACGUUGUAGUACGAGUACGUCUAGUUCUCAACACCAUUAUAUAUCGGAGGGAUUCAUACAAUACGCUCAGCCCAGUCUAAACGACCCUGAUCUUAUUUUACCACGUGGUGAAUUGGAAUUUACAACACUGGAUCCUACGCUUAAAUAA